CGGAAAUAAGAACUAUAAGAAACCUGAGAGUGCAGGUGCAAUGCCCUCCCGUUAAGAUUAGACGACUCGCGACUACCUCACUCACACUGCUCUUCCCAUUGUGUCACUAUGGACCUGCCAUUUCUAUUUCUUUGUAUACUGUUUGAAGUCCUGGCUGUAAAAUGUCAAGAGCCGGCAGAGGCACGUAUAGUCGGAGGAUAUGCACCAGUUCCUCAUUCAAUCAAAUACAUCGUGUCCAUACAGACAACCCAGCGUCAGCACUUAUGCGGGGGCUCCUUGAUUAAUAAGUACUGGGUAAUCACAGCAGCACACUGUAACAUUGGGGUAGAGAAAAUGAUGAUCAUAGCAGGAGACUACUCUCUGACCAUCUAUGAGGGAACAGAGCAAGAAAUCCUGCCAGAACUUUUGGUUCCCCAUCUGGAGUACAACUACGCCACUAACAACAAUGACAUUAUGCUUAUAAAGCUAAGGGCCCCGGUGUAUCUGAACACCUACGUCUCCAUUGCUCUGCUGCCCCGACCUGGCGCCUCCAUGGCGGAGGGCAGAUUGUGUCGAGUGUCAGGCUGGGGACAAACCAGCCCCAGUGGAGGCCAGAUCCCUUCCACCCUCCGCACCGUCACGCUGCCCAUCGUCUCCACAGAAAAAUGCAACAGCAGUGAGUCCUUUAACGGCAACAUCACAGAAACUAUGCUCUGCGCUGGGUUCAGUUCUGGUGGAAAGGAUGCCUGUCGGGGGGACUCUGGGGGCCCAUUAGUAUGUGAGGGCCGGGUCUAUGGUUUGGUGUCCUGGGGGAGAGGAUGUGCUGAUGCACAGUUUCCUGGAGUCUACACCGCUGUGUCCAAGUUCCGCAGGUGGAUAGACAACACCAUAUUUAGCUACUACAGAAAGUGUAAGGAAUAAACCCUGAUGUUACUUCAGAUUUAAAAAAAAAACCUCAGUGGAGACUUAAAGUUCUGAAUUUCAAUUCUUUGAUUUGAUAUGUUCUUUUUACCAUUUGUGCACAUUUAAUUAUAUGUCAAUGUUUUAAAAUAUUGGUUUGGGAAUUAAACUUACAGCAUUUGUUUUCUAGCCGAGAGAACAGAUAAUUGAUACC